AUGAUAAGUUCCUCUGAGGACAGUAUAAAGGCAGAGCUCUGGAAAACGAUAGCAAGACUCAACAUGAAGCCUCACAGAUCCAGAACAAUGAGGCUGCUCAUCCUCGUGUGCCAGCUCGGCCUAAUUCUUAGGUGUGAGGCACAGACACAGACACAGCGAGUUUGCAGUGGUGAAACCUUCAGAUCCCCAAGAAACUCUGACAUAAACGUGACAUGCGGUACUGACCACAUGCAGAUGACCAUCUAUCUUUGUCCAGUUUACCAUGCUAAUUACAAUGAAUCCCUGAUGGCCAUGAAUGGAGUGUUUGACAAGCCUGAGUGCUUUGGAGUUCCCGACUGGAACGCCGAUCCCCCUCUCUUAACAUUCAAUUUCUCCAUAACUGAACGUGAUCCCUGUAACAAUUACUUUAAGGUAACCAAUGAAGUUGGCACUGGUAUAUUUGCUGACUUCUCAAACGUCCAGCAUGUCAACAUCUCCGGUACGCUCAACUCGUUGGACCCCAGCGCGGGCACAAUCACCUAUCGCCCACAGGUCAUGUACAUGUUCUCCUGCAAGUACCCCAUGCAAUAUGUGGUGAACAACACCGAGCUGGGCGUAUCCGGCGUGAGUCUCGCCAUCAAAGACAACAAUGGUACUUUCAUCAGCACUCUGAGCAUGCACCUGUAUGGAGAUAGCGACUACACAGAGGCACUCUUCGUGCCAGAGAGUGGGCUCAACCUGAAGACCAAGAUUUUUGUGGCCGUUAAAGCUACCAAUCUCACAGACAAGUUCCACGUGCUGCUCGACAGAUGCUACGCAACAACGCUGCCGUUUCCCACAAACAGCACCUACUAUGACCUUUUCGUGGGGUGCACACGAGACCCGCAAACAGUGAUGGAAAUGAACGGGGAGGAUCAGAAGGCACACUUCUCCUUCGAGGCCUUCAGAUUCGUCAGCCACAAAAACAUGACGGUCUCUACUUUCUACCUGCACUGCAUCACCAGACUCUGUGAAGUGUCCAGAUGUGCCACUUUAAAGCCUACCUGUCCAGAGGGCCCAUCCAGGAGAAAGAGAGAGGCUGUGGAUGAGAACAUGGCCACAGUCUCCUCCCCUCCCAUCAUUGUGAACGAACUGAGCGACGCACCUGCAACUGCUCACGGUAAGAAUAUCCAUUGA